CUUGAUUGCGUGGUUGCAAGUUGCAUCAAUGGCGCCAGUACCGCGGGCCCGGCCGCACGCGCUCGUCGUCCCGUUCCCGGCGCAGGGCCACGUCAUCCCGCUCAUGGAGGUCGCCCAUGCGCUGGCCGACCGCGGCGUCGCCGUCACCUUCGUCAACACGGAGUUCAACCACGCCCGCGUCGUCGCCGCCAUGUCGUCCUCGCCGGUGCCGAGCAAGACGGAGUUCAACACGCGGAACGGCAGCAGCGGGCGGAUGAUCAGGCUCGUGGCUGUGCCGGACGGCAUGGGGCCCGACGAGGACAGGAAUAACCUGGUGAGGCUGACCAUGCUGAUGCAGGAGCACAUGGCGCCGCGCGUCGAGGAGCUCAUCCGGCGGAGCGGCCGCGGCGGCGAGGAGGAGGGGGCGGACGGUGACGGCUUGGGGAGGAUCACGUGCGUGGUGGCGGACUACAAUGUCGGGACGUGGGCGCUGGACGUCGCGCGGGGCGCCGACGUGCGGUCCGCGGCCGUCUGGCCGGCGUCGGCCGCCGUCAUGGCGUCUCUGCUCAGCAUUCCAAAACUCAUUCAGGACAGGAUCAUCGACGCAGAAGAUGGGUCAGCGCUGACGCAAGAGACCUUCCAGCUGUCGCCCGACAUGCCGGUGAUGAACCCGGCGCACCUGGCGUGGAACUGCAUCGGCAACGACGAAGGUCAGGAGCUGCUGUUCCGCUACCUCCUCGCCGGCGUCCGCGCGGUCGACGAGUGCGACUACAUCCUCUGCAACUCCUUCCGCGGAGCGGAGGCGGCGACGUUCGCGCGGUUCCCCAAGAUUGUCCCCGUCGGCCCGCUCCUCACCGGCGAGCGCCCAGGCAAGCCCGUCGGCCACUUCUGGCGCCCCGAGGAGGACGCGUGCAUGGACUGGCUAGACGCGCAGCCGGCGCGGUCCGUCGUGUACGUCGCCUUCGGCAGUUUCACCAUGUUCGACCGGCGCCAGUUCCAGGAGCUCGCCCUGGGGCUCGAGCUCACCGGCCGGCCGUUCCUGUGGGUGGUGCGCCCGGACAUCGUCCACGGCGACGUGCACGAGUACCCCGAGGGCUUCCUGGACCGCACCGCCUCCGGCCGCGGGAAGCUUGUGUCGUGGGCGCCGCAGCAGCGGGUGCUGGCGCACCCGGCGGUGGCGUGCUUCGUGUCGCACUGCGGGUGGAACUCGACCAUGGAGGGCAUCCGCAACGGCGUGCCGCUCGUGGCGUGGCCCUACUUCGCCGACCAGUUCGUGAACCGGGCAUACAUCUGUGACAUCUGGAGGAUCGGGGUUCAGGCCGUCGCGGACGGCAAGUCGGGCGUGAUCACCAAGGAGCACAUCGCCGGCAGGGUGGAGGAGGUGAUGGGAGACGCGGGCAUGAGGAAGAGGGUGGAGGCGUUGAUGGCGGCAGCGCAUGAGAGCGUUCAGGAGGGGGGAUGUUCCCAUGGCAACUUCGACAUGUUCGUGGAGGCCAUCACAGCAUGAUCCAUGCUGACCAUGCAUGCCUCGGCGUUGAAUAGAAAUAAGAAAUUUUGGGAUCAUGACUCAUGGGAUAUCAUCGUGCGUGUCCGUCACAGUCACAACUCAACGCAAUCUGCUGCACCUGCCGACUAAAAUUUGAAAUAUUACCAUUUUGCAAUUGCAUCUAGGACUGGGUAUAUUUCUUGAAACUUGGACUAAGAAUAAGCACUAACUGUUUUUUCUUGGACUGGGUAUAUUUACAGGAUUUUGGACUAGAUUGUUCUUCCUCCAGCUCGCUUUCCCCUCUCUAGCUCAAGGCACCCUGUAGAUCGAUCAGAGGAGAGCAAGAGGGGAGAAGUGUUAACUCAAAAACCUCCUUCACACUGCACCUCUUCUGUUUUUUCUUUGUAACCAAGCUAACCGUUGCCCGUGUA